GUUGACAGCCGAUGAGCUUGCAUUAUUUGAAACAACACUCUUUGCUUGUGUCGGGGGAGACGAAUUUUGUUCCGGCCAAUUCUCAGCGAAAUACGACCGAAAUCCGCCGAUUCGGACCGUAAAAGUUACGGAUAACUCGGCCCCGCCAUGACUGCCACCAAGAUGGACGUCGAUUCCCAGAAGGGCGAGGGGUUCCGGUCCUACUACAUCCAGAAGAUCGAAGAGCUGCAGCUGAUCGUGGCGGAGAAGAACCAGAACCUGCGCCGACUGCAGGCCCAGCGGAACGAGCUGAACGCCAAGGUCCGGAUGUUGCGCGAGGAGUUGCAGCUGCUGCAGGAACAGGGCAGCUACGUGGGCGAGGUCGUCAAGCCGAUGGACAAGAAGAAGGUGCUGGUGAAGGUCCACCCGGAGGGCAAGUUUGUCGUGGACAUCGAUAAGAACAUCGACAUCAACGACGUGACGCCAAACUGCCGGGUUGCGCUGCGGAACGAAAGCUACACGCUGCACAAGAUCCUGCCGAACAAGGUCGACCCGCUGGUGUCGCUGAUGAUGGUCGAGAAGGUGCCGGACUCGACGUACGAAAUGGUCGGAGGGUUGGACAAGCAAAUCAAGGAGAUCAAGGAAGUCAUCGAACUGCCCGUGAAGCAUCCGGAACUGUUCGACGCCCUCGGAAUCGCCCAACCCAAGGGAGUCCUGCUCUACGGACCUCCAGGAACUGGAAAGACUCUGCUUGCUCGUGCCGUGGCUCACCACACCGAGUGCACCUUCAUCCGCGUGUCCGGCUCCGAACUGGUCCAGAAGUUCAUCGGCGAAGGGUCUCGAAUGGUGCGCGAACUGUUCGUGAUGGCCCGCGAGCACGCCCCGUCCAUCAUCUUCAUGGACGAAAUCGAUUCCAUCGGUUCGUCCCGUAUCGAAAGCGGCAGCGGUGGCGACUCCGAAGUCCAGCGUACCAUGCUUGAGCUCCUCAACCAACUGGACGGUUUCGAAGCCACCAAGAACAUCAAGGUCAUCAUGGCCACCAACCGUAUCGACAUCCUGGAUCCCGCCCUGCUCCGUCCCGGCCGUAUCGAUCGCAAGAUCGAGUUCCCGCCACCAAACGAGGAAGCCCGUCUGGACAUCCUGAAGAUCCACUCGCGUAAGAUGAACCUGACGCGUGGAAUCAACCUGCGCAAGAUCGCCGAACUCAUGCCCGGGGCGUCCGGCGCCGAGGUGAAGGGCGUCUGUACCGAGGCGGGAAUGUACGCGUUGCGCGAGCGUCGUGUCCACGUCACCCAGGAGGACUUUGAGAUGGCCGUGGCCAAGGUGAUGCAGAAGGACUCGGAGAAGAACAUGUCCAUCAAAAAGUUGUGGAAGUAAGGUGUGGAAGGCGACGCGCGCGUGCGGUACAAUUUAUAUGGAAAACAAACAUCUUUCUUUUUCUUCUUUUUGCGUGAGCGUCGUAAACUUAAGUGUAUGCAUUAAUCAAAUAAAACAAAUAUAAUA